UCCUGUAACAGCACCAACCAGUGUCCACAAGAUAAGCCAUGCUGUUCUCAGUAUGGUGAGUGUGGUACCGGUUCCUAUUGUGCCAACGGGUGCAACAUAAAGAACUCUUACAACUUGACCUCCUGUGUUCCCAUGCCACGGAUGGGAUCCUUCGAUACUCAUUUUGAUGACAAGGACAAGUUGAGGUUGCAGACCUCAUACUUGGGUAACUCUUCCGAUUCGGACUGGUUGUACUCUGGGUGGAUCGACAACAACGACGAUGCAUUAUUAUUUGAAAUGCCUAAAAACUCGGGAGGUUCCGUUAUUUCCUCCUCCAAAUACUUGUGGUACGGCCGGAUCAAGGCCACAUUGAAAACCUCACACUUGCCAGGGGUAGUGACGUCCUUCAUUUUGUAUUCUGAUGUGGAAGACGAAAUCGAUUUCGAAUUCGUGGGUAACAACAUGACCAAUGCUCAGUCCAACUUUUACUCCCAGGGUGCUUUAGACUACACGAGAGCAAAGAGUUAUGGUCUUUCAGAUACCAUGGAGAACUGGCAUACUUACGAGAUCGACUGGCAAGAAGAAACGAUCGAUUGGUACAUAGACGGUAACAAGGUGAGAACCCUUGAUAAGAAAUCCACCUAUAAUGAAACCUCCAAGAAGUACUCCUUCCCCCAGACCCCAUCCAGAAUUCAAAUGUCUCUCUGGCCCGGUGGUAACGAAACCAACGCCCCAGGUACUAUCGAGUGGGCUGGUGGAAAGAUCGACUGGAAUGCAGAUGAUAUCAAAAAGAAUGGUUACUAUUACGCAUAUUUGAAGAAUGUCUCUGUCAAGGCCUACGACCUUCCAUCUGGAGUUGGCCAGGACAAGAAGGGAAACAGGACUGACUUCGAUGCUUAUGUUUUUAAUGAUACAGACGGUUGGGCUGAAAAUGUCAUGAUUACCAACCAGGGUACUCUCUUAGGUGAAGAGGAUGCCACUGGUUUUGAC